AUGGUGAUGUCAUCUGCAUACACCGAGACACCUUUACCACAUCCGAUUUCAUUAGUGGUGCUUCCCAACUUCCGCAGCAAUGGCUCAAGAGACAACCUGAAGCCUCAAAUAACUAUUGCUGCCAAGAAAUUGCUGUCUGGAGGUGUGAUUGCUGUUCCCACCGACACUAUCUAUGGUAUUGCUUGUCUUGCCCAAAAUAAUGAUGCCGUUGACAGUAUAUACAAGAUAAAGAAGCGCAAUCCAUUGAAACCUAUUGCCAUUAGCAUUGCUGAUGUCAAGGAUAUUUCCAAAUGGUGCAAUGUGACUGUCCCCACUUCACUUUUACAUGAUUUACUUCCUGGACCUGUCACCUUAGUGUUUCAGCGGUCCCAACAACUGAACCAGUAUUUGAAUCCUGAUACAAAUUAUGUUGGUAUACGUAUUCCAGAUCACUCAUUCGUACGAGGUUUGGCUCGGACUGUUGAUGGACCCAUUGCCCUCACAAGUGCUAACAUAAGUGACCAACAAAGUCCAUUGUCCAUAAAAGAAUUUGAAAACUUAUGGCCUGAAUUGGACAUUGUCUGUGAUGGUGGUAGAUUGGGAAGUACUGUCGAGUCACGUCAAGGUUCAACAGUAGUUGACCUCAGUGUCAAAAAUUGUUUCAAGAUAUUACGUGACGGAAGUGCCUACAAGAAUACAAUUUCUAUGCUAAAAAGCAAAUAUCAGUUGAAAGAAAUUAGCUAACAGUUUAUUCUCUUGCUAAAAAGGAUUUAAUGAAAAGAAAGGGAUCAAUUUUAUGCUGGAAUUAAUGAAAAUGAAGAGA